GCUGACUCUUCCAGCAAGAGUAGCUGAUCUACGCGUGGUGCCUGGGUUUAUCAGCCAGUAGACAGAAGCAGGGCACACAGUGAGAAAAGAAAGAGCAAUAAGAGGGUGACUAUUGCCAGAGAUAAGCGCGGCUGAAUCAAUCAAGAUGAACCACAGCUCCAAUGAGAAAGAACCUGAGACCAUAGAGCCACUGCGUUAUCUCAGUAAAACGGAGGUGGCUACCGUUGAGACGGAGCUCCUGAGGGACUAUCGCUUUGGACAACAGCAGCUGAUUGAAAUAUGGGGCCAUGCUUGCGCUAUUGCCAUCACAAAGGCUUUUCCUUUGAGCUCCCUGAGUAAAAAGCAGCCCACCCUGCUGGUUGUUUGUGGUCCUGAGCAGAACGGCUCCAUUGGUCUGGUGUGUGCCCGCCAUCUGCGCAUGUUUGAAUAUGAGCCCACCAUUUUCUAUCCCAAGCGUUCUGCUCAGAGUUUGCACCAAGACUUCACCAUUCAGUGCGAGAAAAUGGACAUCCCUUUCCUGUCCUAUCUCCCGACAGAGGUCCAGUUGUUAAAUGAUGCCUACAAUCUGGUGAUCGACGCCAUCCUGGGACCAGAAACCGACCAAAAGGAGGUUAAAGAGCCCUACGCUGGGAUGCUGGUGACUCUCAAACAGGUCAAAAUACCCAUCGUUAGUGUGGACGUGCCCUCAGGUUGGGAUAUUGACGAACCAGCCAAAGAUGGGAUAAAUCCAGAAGUUCUCAUUUCUCUGACAGCUCCCAAAAAGUGCGCAACGGGUUUCUCGGGAAAGCACUUUCUGGCGGGACGAUUCCUGCCCUAUGACAUUCAGAAAAAAUUUGAACUUAAUCUGCCAGAAUUCCCCGGCACGGAAUGUGUUAUAGAACUGUAGCCAUUUAUACAGACUUGUAUUUUGAAUAACAAAUAUGUUUUCCCCUUUUGUAUUUUAUAGAUUGUUCUGUGGCAUUCAGUUACUGUCAAAUAUGACUAGAUACUUUGGAUAGUUAAGGUGAGUCUCUGUGAAAGCUUGUUUCUGUUACGGAAUGAAAAAAUUCAAAAGGUAAUGGCUAAUGAAUCUCACAUUUGUGACUUUUGUCUUGAAAUUCUCAGUAUAUAUCUCAAAAUCCGGCUGUAUAAACUCGCAAUUCUCAGAGAAAAAAAAAAAAGAAAGAAAAGAUUUCUCGCACUUUAGAGUUUACAUCACGCUAUUCUGACUCUUUUUCUCCGAAUUCGGAGUUUUUUGUUUUUGCUACGCAAUUUAAAAAUACUAAAUUAUAAUUUCGCGACUUUUUAUCUCACAAUUCUGACUUCUUUCUUGCAAUUGUGAAUUGUGACUUUUCUUAGAAUCGUGAGUUUAUAUCUCACAAUAACGAGUUAUAAACUCACAAUUCUGUUUUUAUAUCUCGUAAUUCUCACUUUUUUUCAAAGAAUUACAAGAAAAAAAGUCGUAAUUCCUUUUUCAUUUUUUAAAUCUUGUGGCAGAAACAAGCAAUCAAUCCUAAGAGAUGGGUUUAGAAUUAUUACAUUUUGCUAAUUUUUGACAUUUACAGUAUGUCUAACUGUUGAGUUCUCAAAAUCGCCAAUAUACGGUUUUGUUUAAUACAUAAGCCUUUUUAAUGUUAGAUAUAUUCAAAGUGCAUUACCCUGAUAGUGCCUCCAGUCUAAUGUGCACGACACCUACAAACCCAACGCAUUUCUGCUGGAAUUUUACUCCAAUUACAAAUUUAUUUAUCUGUACUUUAUUGGAAAGAUUGUAUAGUAUAAUAAUAAUCCCAGGAUGACAAACGUGUGUAAAUCAUUUUGUUUUUACUAUACAUUGCUCAAUGUACAUGUGUUUUCUUAGUUCUUAUAGGCUGAAUGAAUAAAUUAUCUAUGUAAAAACCGAG